AAAAAAACUACUUUUCUGAAGUCCAUGCGCUUCUGGCACUCCAUUCCUCGAAAAAGCUCAUUAGGGUUUGCAGGUCUUCCUUGCUGAUCUCCGCUCACUCUGCUCUCUUGAAGACAAGCCGACUAAACCAUGGUUCACGUCAAUUUUUACAGAAACUAUGGGAAGACUUUCAAGAAGCCACGGCGUCCAUAUGAGAAGGAACGGUUGGACGCUGAGCUGAAACUUGUUGGAGAGUAUGGGCUCCGUGCUAAGAGGGAGUUAUGGAGGGUUCAAUAUGCCCUGAGCCGCAUCCGUAAUGCUGCAAGAAUGCUUCUCACCCUGGAUGAGAAGAAUCCACGACGAAUAUUUGAAGGUGAAGCCCUUCUCCGCAGGAUGAACAGGUAUGGUCUUCUGGAGGAGAACCAGAACAAGCUUGAUUAUGUCCUGGCCCUCACUGUUGAGAGCUUCCUUGAGCGUCGCCUCCAGACCCUUGUGUUCAAGGCUGGCAUGGCAAAGUCUAUUCACCAUGCUCGCGUGCUCAUCAAGCAGAGGCACAUUAGGGUUGGAAGGCAGGCUGUUAACAUUCCAUCUUUUAUGGUGAGGGUUGACUCCCAGAAACACAUUGAUUUCUCUCUGACAAGUCCACUUGGAGGUGGCCGUCCUGGAAGAGUGAAGAGAAAGAAUCAGAAGGCUGCUGCCAAGAAGGCUUCUGGUGGAGAUGGUGAUGAAGAGGAUGAGGAAUAAAUACCUGAAUAGUAGGCUAGUAUCUCUCAGAACCUUGUUUUCAGUCCCUUUUUAACUAAAUUUUCAUAAGCAUAUUUGGUUGUAUUCGAACUAGAACAUGAUUUUGUUUACUAGCGAAAAAAUAAGGUCUAAUGCAGAUCUGCUUUUUUCUGUCAAA